CCCUCUGGGUGGAGUAAGUGGGCUGGGUCACAGAGGAAGCAUGUCAGACCAGUGAGACAUACACAUACACAUACACAGAGCAGUUGGAAGAAGCAGAGAGACAUACACUCCGUGUGCAGUGUGAUUCAGCGUGUGUGUGUUACUGAGUAGUGAUGGUAGCAGAGGAGGUGGUGGUCACUCUCUCAGGAGGGGCUCCAUGGGGCUUCAGACUGCAAGGAGGAGCAGAGCACCAAACACCACUGCAGGUGGCCAAGGUGCGACGGCGUAGUAAGGCAUGCAGGGCCGACCUGAGGGAGGAGGAUGAGUUGGUUGCCAUCGGCGACCAUGUGUGUGCAGAGCUCAACCACGCUCAGGCAAUGAUGCUCAUCGACUCCCAUCGACACACUCUCAGCCUCAGGGUCAAGAGGUCUGGGUUCCACUCUGUGGUCCUGCCGGGUCGGAUACACACAGCCACACACACUGACGGGCCGGCCUGCUUCACCCUCACCUCCCCCCCUGACAGUGAGGCCUAUUAUGGAGAGACGGACAGCGAUGCGGACACACACACACACAUACACCGCCGCCAGCGACACACACCUCCGGAUGCGCGCUCUCCCGGUCGCCAGCAGGAGGAGGAGGAGACUUCGGAGAUAAGCGGGUAUGAGAGCGCUCCAGAUGGGGGGGUUUCCCUGCAGGGGACCUGGGAGCAACUACCCACACUGGGAAAUGGGGGGAUCCAACAGUGGGAGCAACCAACGGGAUCGAGAACAGGGGGGUUUCAACCUGGAGUACCACGCAGGGAGGUGGUCUACCAACCCCAACCCCCGCAGGCCCCGCCAGAGUGGACCCACCCAGCCCGGCCCGUCCUACACCAUGCGCAGGGGGAGCCGGUGGUGGGAGGAGAGGUGGAGGGAGAGGGAGACAGUGGGUUCCAGGAGGCAGGGGGGAGUUUGGUUCUGGCCUGCUCACCCCUGGUGUCUCCAGAGCGGGCUAAAGGAGCCAUGAUGCUGGGCUCCAGCUCACAGAUGGUUCCCAUGGUGGGCGCCCAGCUGACCCCACUCAGUGAUGAACUGUCUGCUACGUACAAGGAAAAGGCCCGGCAAGCCAAGCUGCAGAGAGGAGAGAGUGUCGUAGACAGGCAGGUGAAAGAGGCUCGUACUAAAUGUCGUUCGAUCGCCUCCCUGCUCACCGACGCUCCAAACUCCAACUCCAAAGGAGUUCUCAUGUUCAAGAAGAGACGCCAGCGUGCCAAGAAGUACACCCUCACCUGUUUUGGCCGCGUGGAGGGGGAGGUGGGUGCUGAGACUGGGGGAGAGACGGAGGGAGAGGAGGAGGAGGGGAGUUCCUUCCCCUCGGGUUCAGAGGUGGAUGAAGAGGGCUUUGCUGGAACCUUUGACCCCACCUGGGACAGCGAAUACCUGGACAUACUGGAUAGGAGGAGUUCUGCCUGCCCCUCCACCUAUAACUCAAGGCCCCAAACACCAACUAAUCAGAGCUCAGGGUUGGAUUCCUUGGCCUAUCAGAGCCCAGAGAUGAACAUGUCAUUCAAUCAGGGGUCUGGGAUGAAUGCCCCAGCCUAUCAGAGCCCUGGGCUGGACUACAUAGCCUAUCAGGGGAAAGAGACGGAGCAGUAUGAGCAGCAAAGGAAAUUGGCCCCUCCUGUCACCUACAACUCUGCCCCUAACACCUCCCUGACUGUAAGUUUGUCCAAUGGGGGCUCAGCAGGGAUGAGUCGGGCCAGUGUGGUUCUGACUUCCCCCUCUCACACCCCUAUGCCCCCCCAGCCUGACCUAAACACUAACCCUAACCCGCCUGGGGGAAUCCAUAACCGCACGGCACGCCCCUUCACCUCAGGCCUCACCCCAUCGCGCCCACCAGCCACCCCUGUCAUCUUCCGAGCCGUCCAGCCCACUUCUGGCUUAACAAUGGUUUCCAAACCCACUGCUGCGGUAUCCAUGGUAACCAUCGCCCCCCCUCGCCCUUCAGGGGCGCCCGAGGCCAUGAGAGCGGUCUCCAGUACCUCCCUCUACAUCCCCCCUAGACCUACUGCAUCCAUCCUCUCUCCUCCUCCUCUUGUUCUCUCUCCUCCAUCCUCUCCUACCCGCACUCCCUCUCAGCCUUUCCCUUCUCCCUCGGUUUAUACUGCCACCUUCUCUCCUUCUUCUGACCACUCUCCUUCUCAUUAUCCUCCUCAACCCACCCAACACUUCUGUUCCUUGACUGCUCCUCAACCUUUCUCCCCUCCUCCUCCUCAUGCCCCAGUCUAUCCAUCCUCUGCCAUGGCUGCCCAGCCCUUCUCUCCUCCAUCUUCUUCUAAUCAACCCUUCUCUCCUUCCUCUGCCACACCUUACAUUCCCUCCCUUGCUCAGACCCAACCCCCUCCUCCCUUGACCUUCAACUCCUAUGUCUCUAUGACAAACCCUGCCAUGGUGACCCCCUCCACUGCCCAGACCCCUGCCUCUGAUUCAUUGUCGUCCCGUGAGCAGCGUAUCGCCGUCCCCGCCUCCAGAACAGGCAUUCUCGCGGAGGCGCGUCGUCGCAGCAACAAGAAGCCCAUGUUCCGUCCUUCUGUGGAGAACAAGAAGGACGUGUCUCCCAACCCGGCCCUGCUGGAGCUGCUCCAAAACCCAGACGCACCGACCAGGAUAGGCCCAGGCCCCAUGGGGCCUAGUGGAGGAGUUAGUGGGGAGGCUGGAGGUGAGUCAGGCCCUGAAGAAGACUGGUUGAAGCUGGGGGCUGAGGCCUGUAACUUCAUGCAGGCACAGAGAGGCUCCAAGCCCCCUCCUGUGGCCCCUAAACCCCAGCCUCCUCCACAGGUGCCCCAGCUAGCAGGGAAGGGGGGUCAGCUGUUCGCCCGUAGGCAGAGCAGGAUGGAUCGCUAUAUGGUGGAGACCCCCUCCUCACCCCAACCCGGUCCCGGCCACCCCCGCCAGCCCUCUCCCACACCCUCCCUCCCCUCUCAAUUCAAAUACUCCUCCAGCUGCAGAGCCCCCCCUCCCAUCAGCUACAACCCCCUCCUCUCCCCCUCCUGCCCUCUCCAGGCCCAGCGCCAGAGGGUGGGGGUAGCAGGACAGGGUGGGGGUUCAGCGGGGCAUAAAGCCGCCCCUGGGGGUCAGAAGGCUCAAGGCAUCAAGGCUCUGGACAUCAUGAGUCGCCAGCCCUAUCAGCUAAACCCCUCCCUCUUCAGCUACGGGGGCGGGACUCCCAAGGGCCAAAACAAGAUGCCACGUGUGUAUGAGGUCAAACGCUUCUCCACGCCACCUCCCACAGGCCCCGCCCCUACUGUCAUCAUCCCACGGUCAGCGACCACACUAGGAGAACCGAUGUGGAGGUCUGAUGUCAUUUCUCUUCCCCCAACAGCCACUUCCUGCUACCAAUCACUCUCUACCCCCCCCUACCAGCCUCAGCCCCAGUGGGUCCCUCCUACUCCAGCCCCCACAGGCCCCCUCCCGCAGCUCCCGAGCUUCUCCUCCGUCCAUGUCCCUAACCCUAAUCCCUACCCCUCCCAGCCCCACGCCCCCAACAAGGUAACAGUCAGUUUAAGAGUGCCCCUGAUCUGAGCCCUCUGGCCCACACCCCACCUCGCCCCGCCUCCACGCAGCCCUCCAGAGUGCCUCGCCCCAAAUUCAGCACCUCUAACCUGGGUCUGCAACCUAGCGUCUGGCGCCCUGGAUCCACCAUGAGCUAAGACAACACACUAUAGACUGGCUCUGGAGAAAUCCCAUUUUACUCUGGUUCCCUGAAAAUCUUCCUAGGAGGUUUUAUUAUUGUUCUUAGAACAGAAAUUAUGGGUUAUUUGAAGGUAAUUAAAUAAAGUUUUGAGAACAUUAUCUAAAUGUUGUGAAUGUUUUAAACAAAAUGUAAAGGUUAUUUCGAAAUUAUGGAAUAACUUCCUUAACAUUUUCACUGAAUGUUUCAAUAAGACUUUCAAUAACACUGCUAGAUUAGUUUAUUUACAACUCCAAGCACAGAUAAGACAAAUGGAAUUGUAAAUGUAUUUGCUAAUGCAUUAAUCACACAAACACAUUUAUUUUAUAUUAUGGCACGGCGUUAGGGAGAUUCAAACCUAUGAUAUUCUGUUCUCUAUCCAUGGAAUUAGACUACGGCAUCAUCAGGAUGGAGCUAGCAUGCUUUCUUUACUUGUUUUUUAAAACUCAUGAUCAUUGUAGUCCACACAAACAGACCCCAUUUCAAAGAAAACAAACAUUCAUUAAAGUGUGGCCAAUUAUCGGGCACGGCUAACACACCUGAGGAGAGAGAGAGUUUUGUUGACGCUGAGAACGGAAUGUAUUUGUUUUAAAACGCUAUUAAUGUUUUCUUGUGGUUUUUAGCAAACGUUUUCUUAAUGUUCUGAGAACAUGACUUUAAAUAGAACCAUGAGCAAACCUUCAGACAACGUUAUGCUGAAGUACUAAAAAUACCACAGAAGAAUAUUGUUUCUUAACGUUCUCUGAAUGUUCUGAGAACAUUUCUUUAAAUAGAACCAUGAGGAAACCUGUAGGAAACACUAUUCUGAAGUAUUGAAAUUCCUGCAGAAGAACGUUGUUACUAAACGUUCUCUGAAUUAUUUGAAAACAUUCCCAAUGUCAAACCAGUUGGAGAACGUUCCUAGAACACUACCAAAAGUGUCGUUAAAUGUAACCAUGUUUCAACUUUUAGAAAAUAUUUAGUUAAAGUAACGAAAUACCAAGAAAAUAACGUUAUUUCGUCAAGUUCCUUAAAUCUGUUUGGAAUGUUCCAAAGCCAAGCAACUAUCCUGCACCAUUCCCAGAACGUUGUGGGAAUGUUGCAUGCAAAAUAACCAUAGGACAACUAUACUCUCACGUUAUGUGCUAACUGUAGGGUUUAUUGCAAAGUAUUGGUCUUAGUCAGUCCAAAAGAGAUGUUAGUAUUGUGCAUUGCAUCAUUUACCUAAGAAUGAAAAUCAGAAGUCUAUCCACUACCCACCUGUUUGAAUACUUUGAAAUGUCUUUGGUCUGGGGUUUUCUUGAUCACAUUCUUUAUUUUAUUGACUUCCUGUUUGGACACCAUUGUAGCUCUUGGUUCACACCAGCCUUGUCAUCACCAUUCCAUUUUCUGAUAAUUUGACCUCCUCUGCUUUGCCUGAUAAAAAUAUGAUUUGAUGUAUAGAUAUAGAAUAUAAUUGAUAUGUAUGAAUAUAUGAAUAUUAACGUUAAAUAAGUAUUUUAUGAGGUGAUGUAAAAUGUCAGACAAGGAGAGUGAGAGACAUGGACAGGGAGAGAAAAUGGGACUUGAUAUGUAGUUUAAUAAAACAAAAUUGAAUGCGUUGGGAACGACAGAAUAAAGUUGAAAAUAAAGAAUGAUAAACAGAUAAAAGUGAGGAUGUGCUAAAGAAAGAUAGAGGAGAGGAAAGAUAGAAGAUAGAAGAGAGGAGAGAUAGAUGAGUGGAGAGAAGCUAGAACAUCCGUCCUAAGACAAACUGUAGGCUAUUGCUGAGCUGUAAAAGGAUGGACUACAUGCCUGCUGUGUGCUUCCAUUGUGACUUUAGCUAAGCGGUCUAAUACGGUCUCGGGGAGUGCAGGCGACCCUGGAUCAAAAACCAGUUGGUCACAUGAAGGCCUGAAUCUGAACCAAAGAGCUGACUGUAUAUGAGAACAAUACUGUACUCAUCUAUGAAGCUACUAGCACGCAGUGCCAACAUCUUCUUUUUCAUGUUAUUUUUGUCAUGAUUAUUGUGAGUAUACUUUUAUUAUGAAUAUUAUGAAAUAGCCUGUGUUUUCUUUCUUGCUUCAUAUAAAUGUGUCAGUGCAUUGCACAAUAUUACACUCUGUAUCAGGAUGUGUUUUUUUGUGUUUUUUUCCUUUGCCUUUUCCACUUCCUUAUUGUGAUGAGAAAGGGAGGGAGAGGGAAGGGAAAGCAAGGGAGGAGAUGGCAGGGAGGUUUUUUCUGAUUGAUGUGAGAGCUGUGCUGUUCAGUUGGUGUUCUGUAGUUCAGAGAAAUAAAAACAGACGUGAAACUC